AUGCACUAUUUCUUCAUCAUCUUAUAUUUCUUUUUUUCCUUUAAUUCUUUGAGAGCAUUAGCCCAUGGACCCCUUUCUGGAGGUUGGAAGCCUAUUCAUGAUGUAAACGACCCGUUGAUCAUCGACAUCGGAAAGUUUGCUGUAGACGCGCACAAUAAAGGGGGGCAUACAUCUCUUAAGUUUGAAAAUGUCGUUAAAGGAGAAACUCAAGUGGUUUCUGGAACGCAAUACAGCUUAACGAUUAAGGCAUUAGAUGGGCGUGUUGAGAAUAAAUAUGUUGCACUUGUUUGGGACAAGCCUUGGAUGAAAUUUAGAAAGUUGCUCCUCGACUUCCUAUAUAUAAAUGCCAUAGAAAAUCAACCACCCACCCACCCACCCGUUUCUAACUCUUUGACUCUACCAUUAGCCCGUGGACCCCUUUCUGUUGGUUGGAAGCCUAUUCCUGAUGUAAACAAUCCGUUUAUCAUCGACGUCGGAAAGUUUGCUGUAGAGAUGCACAAUCAAGAGGAACAUAUAAGUCUUAAGUUUGAAAAAGUCGUUAAAGGAGAAAUUCAAGCGGUUUCUGGAAUUAAAUACAACUUGACGAUUAAGGCAUUAGAUGGGCGUGUUGAGAAUAAAUAUGUUGCACUUGUUUGGGACGCGCCGCCCAUGCCUAACAUGGAACUUAGAUGGUUGCUUUCCUUUAAAGGACCCAUUUAAAAUAUAUAAACUGUUCAUUAGAAACUCUUUUUAUAAUAUAUGCUUUUGUUGAAUAA